UUUACAGUCAUACUGUGUCGUUCUUUCCGACUAUGCUUAUUACGAGGCGGAGUUUUCAACACGUCCCGUGGAAGCGGACCCGGUAUUCUGUGUCCCGGUGCGAAAGUCUCCGUUGGCACGAGCGGUUUCCGCCUUACACGGUCAGGGACGAGGGAAAUACGACGAAAAAGAUCAUGGACGUGGGAAAGCUCCAGUACAAAGACUUGCUUCCGUACGCCAACGACGGAAAGGCGACGCGGGAGUUCCUGUUCAAGGUGUUCGAGAUCCUCUGGGACUAUGUGGACAAACAAAAUGAUCGUAGUACGAAAAUUCUCGACUUCCAUAUGCCCGAACAGUUGAUGCAAAUGCUCGAUCUGGACCUGCCCGAUGGUGCGCAACCAUUGGAACGGAUCUUUGCAGACUGCAGAGAUGCCCUGAAACACCAAGUCAGAACCGGUCAUCCUCAUUUCUUCAAUCAGUUGUCAUCAGGACUAGACAUUGUGUCGCUCGCUGGAGAAUGGCUCACAGCAACUGCCAACACAAACAUGUUCACUUACGAAAUUGCCCCUGUAUUUAUUCUCAUGGAAAACGUAGUGAUGAAGAAGAUGCGAGACCUCAUAGGAUACUCUAACGGUGACAGCAUCCUCGCCCCUGGUGGCUCUGUGUCCAACCUGUACGCUGUCAUGGCCGCCAGGCAUAAGAUGUUCCCCAACUACAAAACACAGGGCCUCAAAGCACUACCGCAGCUCGUCAUGUUGACUUCCAUAGACAGCCAUUAUUCGGUACAAGGAGCAGGUGCGGCCAUUGGUCUUGGAACCGAUAACGUCAUCUACAUUCCCGUUGACGACCAUGGCCGAAUGAUACCUGAAGUGUUGGAGAAGGAAGUAUUGGCAGCCAAGGGUAGGGGCCACGUGCCUUUCUUCGUCAAUUGCACUGCCGGCUCGACCGUCAUCGGAGCUUUCGACCCCAUUCACCCCAUCGCCGACAUUUGUGAGAAACAUGGACUUUGGUUGCACGUUGAUGCGGCGUGGGGUGGAGGAUGCCUUCUGUCUAAAAAGCAUCGUCAUCUUUUGGAUGGUGUGGAACGAUCGGACUCCGUAACAUGGAACCCUCACAAACUCAUGGGUGUGCACCUGCAAUGUUCCACAAUUCACCUCAAGGAAGAUGGCAUCCUCCUCAGCUGCAACCAGAUGUGCGCUGAGUAUCUGUUCCAGCAGGACAAGCACUACGAUGUCUCUUUCGACACUGGAGAUAAAGUGCCCCAAUGCGGUCGCCAUAACGACAUCUUCAAGCUGUGGCUCAUGUGGAGAGCAAAAGGAACAAAUGGAUUCGAACAACAGAUUGACCACCUGUUCGACUUGACCGCUUACAUGGUGAAGAGAAUUAAGGAACGCAGCGACAAAUUCUAUCUUCUACUUGAGCCCGAAUUAGUAAACACGUGCUUCUGGUACAUUCCCGAAAGGCUCCGUAAGAUGCCACAUAAUAAGCAAAAGGAGACGCAGCUAGGAGUGGUGACCGCCCAGUUGAAAGCUCGCAUGAUGAAUACAGGUACCCUGAUGAUCACGUAUCAACCCAUUUGGGAGAAGCCCAACUUCUUCCGCAACAUCACCUCCAACCCUGGAGCCCGCUUUGAAGACAUCGACUUUAUCAUCGAUGAAAUGGAUCGCCUGGGACACGACCUCUAAAUGGCCUUCUCAAUCCCUCAAGUUACUGCCUAUAAGAACAAAGGAAACUGUGCACGCUAUUAUUCCCUGACUGUGAACGGCUUUGUACUAGGAUUAUUGCAUCAACUUAUUUUUGGGCUCUCUCAUUUUAGACUGUCAGGAAUGCAGCGUCUGGUCAAAAAGUGACCAUGAGAGGGCUGUAUUAUCUUUUUAAAUGUGGUUUUUAGCUUCAUCUGUGUUGAGAGCGUUACAGGAAUUGUUUAGCGAGAAGGAAAUUUUGUUCCAUGUGUGACCUAUGAAAGUGAGGUGUGUAGAUGAGCGAUGCACCGAAAAUGCGCAUGCAGAUGUUGGUGAGAAGAGUCGCUUUGUGGCGUUAUUAAAUUUCCGUAAUAUAUAUGAUACAUAGAAGUUGAAAAAUAAUCGCUGUGGAACGCUACCUCACCGUAGCCAAAACAAAAAUGUUGUGGAAUGCCAUUAUAUUGCCGCGAGACCUCUGCAGCGAAAUCAACAUCGACAUAGAGAUUGCUGGUAUUCCUUACGAUGAACUCUGCAUCACACCUGCACUACACGUUGAACAGAAAUCGUCGGAAAUGAUUCCAGGGCAGUUUCACAAUUCGUUUGCUCCUUGAAAGAAUUACACCGAUGUAGGUACUCCCAAUUCCCGAAAUGAGCUGGCAUGUGCCUUUUAUAAAUUGUAUUAUUCGAACUCCGUAUUAUUAGGUUCCAUCAAAAGUGACACUCAUAUCGAGUGUGCUAAAGUGUGCUAGGACGCAAAUGGUUAACAUAACGGCUUUAAUCUAUCAUCCUGUCCAGAAAAACCAGCCCUCCCCGCAGGGCGAAGUGCCGUAAACAUUUUAUCCUUCCCCGUGGUUGUAAUCAUGAACGUUUCUCGCUCUAUAGUUACACUGUGACAUGUAUACCUUGUAUGUGUGGCGUCACGGACGCUAAGACAACAAGAUCUUACUACGUCUUCCAAAUCUGGCCUACCCUGUCACGUGACACACGCGUCAUUCAGGACGGGUGAAGGCCCAGCUUCCGAGUGCAUGAAUCGUUCGUGUUUAGAAGGCUCCGCGUGUUGUGUAAAUAUGUCCUCAUUAGAAAUCAAGAAGUUGCUGUUGACGUGUGAAGAGUCUACGAUGGUUGAGUUUUGUCUUUGAUAUGCUCAUUGUGUGUUGUUCAGUAAGUUAUUUUAUUAUACCUAUGGACACAGUGUUAUAAUAGGAUAUAAUCCCGUAAUACUGCGGGUGUAUGUACGGGAUACGUGUUCAGGGUUAUAGAGCAUUUAAUGAAGUAUACUCUCUAAUAAGGAUUUUCUAAGAGGCAUAUCCUUGUUUCUAAUACUAUUAUACCUACCGCUGAAACUUGCAGUGUAGUCACAUUCUUUGGAAGCAGAAACAUGUUUUCAUCAAAGAAGUGCUACAUGAUGCGCGUUAUGGUUAUGCUGAUACUGCUCUGCGACGUUGUCUAAUAAAAGGCCGUUUUAAGAAUAGGGUACUGCGGAUUGCGAAUAUUAUUAUUUGGGUUCCGGGCAUGUGCAGUGAUGACCCCUUAUCUUUUAGGGUCUCCAAAGCCCUUGGGUCCCCUAAUCUAAAACUGCCUAAUGCUUGCUUUAAAGAUUAUCAUCAGAUGUCGCCGCAUAUCGGUAUCAUGAAUGGUGCUGUUUAACUCAUUCACGACUUACUUUGUUCUGUACUAUGAAAGUGAUUUUACUUGCAGCAGUAGACCUCCGUUGUAGUUAGUUAUGCGAUAAUGUUUUCCAUUUCAUUCAGUCUUCAAUUCCAACUAUAUCUCAGCGUUUGAUAUAUCAAGUUUUGUCAAUCUUUAUGUGGUGGCCUUCUCAACAAUCUCAAUAUAUUUUUCGUGCACAUAGCUUAUACUAUUUUUCUAUCCUGUUCCAUAGAAAACCACAUAAGGUGCCGCCUAUUUGUAUUUGUGUUCCCAAAUUACAUUCCGUUGAUCGCUCUAUAAUAGGUAUUUGAAAUAAUGUGUAUGACCUCCAUGCACACACCGAAAGGUAACGGGACAAUGACGCAAUGCUAUAACUGUAAAAACUGGUGCUGGAAGGGUUUGUCUAGCAGUGUAUCACCAUGGUUGUCGUCUAUAAUUUCAUCUGUACCUUAGAAAGUCAGUGUGAAGCAACUAAAUGUGUUUUAGGUUUGCUUACUCUAGUCAGUGCAGUGUACUGGAUAAUCGUUGUGUACAAGCAUGGAAAUGUAUUAGGUUACGAGUCAGACAAUCGUUCUGUGAAUUCGAACCUCAGAACGAAUGAUUUCAUACUACAAUGUCAGUAUUCGCUAUACAGGUAUUGAUCUAGUCUAAUGACAGUAUCAACUGAAGCCAUCUUCACGCUUCACUGCUGAUGCUGCAAAGCCAAAGCACUUUCAAAUAAGACGUUGAAGCUGUGUAGUUGGCUUCUGAAUUAUGCAGUAUAACUUCCUUCUGGUAUUCUACUCUUGUAGUCCUACCUAAAUUAACAUGAGCCUACAUGUAACACUACACCGCAUCAGUAUAUGCCGUAAGUGUUAGAGUUAAUUAAAACAACGAGUCAAUCGUAGCGUAUUACACGGUAAACACUGCCGCUUGACAAGUGUAAAAGUCAGCAUUUCAUCGUCGAAUUCUGAACAGAUUGAUUUUUAAUGCAAAAUGUCACGCAGUUAAAUGGUAUUCUACGAAAGUAAAAUACAUGUAGACACGUAUACAUUUAAACCUUUAUUUGACGGCUUCAAAAGGCUCAUCACUCUGUGAUUAUUAAUAAAUUUAUUAAUCCCAUUAUAUUGAUACAUACCUUCAUUUUCACGAACCAUUUUUUUGUCCUUUUAUUGAUCGGAGGUCCCUAGGGCUAGUGUUUCUUCAGACGUGGUUAACGGUUUCAUCCACAUUUCAUGUCUGUGUAGCUUCCACUUGGUGCUGUCCCCUUGUGUCGGAAUUGUGCGUAGACAUCGUGUGCUUGCAGUGGUUGCCGGGUGAAGGAGUUAUCGCGGGGUGCUAGCUAACGGCAUCUUUCGAGCAUAUAGCGAAUGAAAACAGUUUUCUAACGCUUUUCUCCGAGUGCUAAUUUGGAUUUGGACAGCAUGUCGCCGUAUUACCGUGCGGUACCACACUGAUUUCUGGAAAUGGGCGUGAUUUCCAAGUAGACACGUGAAAUCACGUACCAAUUGAAUCGUAUUUCUUUUCUGAUGCAGGUUAAAGUGGCACUUGGGUUAUGAAGCAAAACAAGAAAAGAAAAACUCAACCAAGUGGUAAUGAAAAACGCAAAAACACAAGGAAUGAAGUACUCCGCAGUGGUUAACUUCAAUAAAGACGAGCUUUCGUGCAACUCCUGCACUGCAUCAGAUGGAAAGAAGCCUGGUGAAGGGCAGGAUCUGCACGCAAGCGCAUCUUUAUUAAAGUUAACUUCUCCGCAGUUCUUCAUUCCUUGUAUUCAUUGUUUUUAAGUUAAAGUAACUAAAAGCUAAAGUGACUAAAAGUGCAUCUUCUAAAAGCGAUGCAUGAAAAUCGCGUUCGCGAAAAAUUAGAAAAUCAGUCAAUAUCGGCGCAGUAGAGAAUGGGAAAACGUAGUACUCGAUUUUAGAACACGAAAUCUGAUCGCGUUCUCCGUUUACUACAAGCUUCAGGCAAAGGUAUUGAGGUAUUUGUCAACCUCGGGUGACGUGAACGCUUGAUAGUGUUACAAUCUGGUACAGCAAAUCCUGUAAGCAGCAAGUUGUCUUACCGUGCGGGUCAUAACCGCGUGAUCUUGAUGUACGUCCUGUUGUUCUCGUGUUCCCUUCUUUUCCCUAUACUUGAGCUCUGUCUUGAACGGGAAACCCCGUUUCAGUAGCGAGCAAUAAAGAGGUGCGGAAGUGAUGCACCCAAUAGCAAUACCCCAAUAACUACUGGGGUUGAAAGUACGCCUACCAUCGCGUACAUUGACGAGUUUACAGAUAUGUAGAGCAAUGUCCGUUCAUCAGAAAUGUAUUCUUGCCUUCCGAUUGUGAACCCGUGUUGGCAAUGUUGUUACUUACGAGGGUAUCUGUGUCCGCUAAGGGGCGUUUCUGCUCGAAUGGCAUGCACUGUGUUGCGUUCUGAACGUGAUUAUUAGCGCAAUAAAAGAAAGUUAGAACUGGU